GCGCAGACCCAGAACGUGGAUCUACAGUAUAUACUAGAUUCCAUACUAGAGCCAGCUUCAGAGUUUUACUUGCCGGUACUGUAACGUUGUCUGUACGUGUAAUAAUUCAUAUACCCUGGGUUGGCCGGUUUCAAAGCUGACGAUGGAGAAGACCUGGAACGUUAGCGUCAUUGAUAUGGUCUCCAAAUUUGAAGGUGGAAGGACAGCCGACAGUGGCACCUCGGAGCAGGCCAGGUCUCCUGGAGCGCCGAGAAGGAAGGGGGAGAGUCUGCCCGCAGGGGACGGCCAGCCGGCGGCGAGCUCCCGACACAGGUGGGGGGGACUGCAGUCUUUCCGCAAACACCUCCCCAGCACGCGCCUGAUCCAGAGGAGCGGCCCGCCGGCCCUGGCGGAGGAGACAGCGGAGCAGGGAAAGAGAGAGACCAAUGAGGAGAAGCUCUUCAAGAUCGCUAAAGAGCUCUUGGAGACUGAGGAGGCUUACGUUAGCCGACUGCAUCUGCUAGAUCAGGUCGGAGUCGGUAGAUGGUAUUGGGCUGUUUCUGAAGAGAUCUUUACGUAUCAGUGGUGCACAGCUCCAACCCAGGUGUUCUACGCCGAGCUGCUGAACGAAGCCAGGACCGCCGGCUCCUUCCCCGAAGACGUCGUGAAGCAGAUCUUCUCCAACAUCUCUUCUAUCUACCAGUUCCACGGCCUCUUCCUGCUGCCUGAGCUGCAGAGGCGCAUGGACGAGUGGUGUAAGAAUCCCCGGAUCGGGGAUGUGCUGCAGAAAGUGGCUCCUUUCCUCAAGAUGUACGGCCAGUAUGUCAUGUCCUUCGACAAAGCCAUGCACCUCAUCAGCACCUGGAUGGAGAAGAGCACACGUUUCGAAGAGAUCAUCCUUGACAUACAGAAGCGGGAGAUCAGCGGGAACCUGGCUCUCCAGCACCACAUGCUGGAGCCGGUGCAGAGGGUCCCCCGGUACGAGAUGCUGCUCAAGGACUACCUGAAGAAACUGCCCGAGGGGUCGCCGGACAGAGCAGACGCAGAGAAGUCCCUGGAAAUCAUUUUUGAAGCGGCGAAGCACUCAAACUCUGCUAUUGCCGACAUGGAGCGCCUGGAGAAGCUGUGGGAGGUGUAUGAGAUGCUGGGGAUGGAUGAGGAAAUGGUGGACCCCUCCAACAAGCUCCUCCAAGAGGGUCCUGUGCAGAAGAUCUCCUUCCGCAGGAACACCUUGAAGGAUAGCCACCUCUUCCUGUUUAACAACAUGCUCCUCUACUGCGUUCCCAAAUUCAGUCUGGGGGAUCGCAGGUACAUGAUUCGGGCGCGGGUGGACAUGGAUUGCAUGCAGGUGAAGGAGCUGAACGAUGUGGAGUUCCCUCACUCCUUCCUGGUGUCUGGGAAAUUACGCACCCUGGAGUUUCAGGCUAGAUCUCAAGAAGAUAUGGAGGCCUGGAUUAAGGCUUGUCAGCAGGCCAUCGACCAGAACGAGAAGAAAACGGAGAGUUUCAAACAUGCCAUAAGCAGCCUGAGUCAGGACCUACAGGAACUCACGGUGGAUAGGCAGGAACUGGGAAAGCGUGCCCCCCAGUGGAUCCGAGACAACCUGGUGUCCAUGUGCAUGCGCUGCAGCGACCCCUUCAAUGCCAUCAUCAGGCGCCGGCACCACUGCCGUGCCUGUGGCUAUGUGGUGUGCUGGAAAUGCUCAGACUACAAGGCAGCACUUCUGUAUGACGCCAACAGGAUGAACCGGGUGUGCAGAGAAUGCUACAGCGCCCUGGAAGGCCAGGCUGACAGCAGAGAGAGAGAAGAUAAGAAGCGAGGAAUACUAGAGAAAGAGGCUGCGGAGGUGUCAGAGCGGAGCCUGAUGUGCAGCUUCCUGACGAUAAUGGACAGGCAGGGGAAGGGCGGGACCAGAGGCUGGUUCGUCAUCCCCAGGGAUGAGCCUCUGAUCCUGUACAUGUAUGCAGCACCACAGGACGUGAAAGCUCAGACCACCAUCCCGUUGCUGGGAUACCAGGUGAAGGAGCAGUUGCCAGGCAGCAACAAGUGCACCUUCCAGCUCAGCCAAUCAAAGCAAGUCUUUACCUUUGUGGCCGAAUCAGAGGAACAGAGAGACAGAUGGGUCGAGAUUAUCAACCAAGUGGCCAGUGGUGAGGAGCCCUGGCAAGAGGAUGAUUAAGCUGCACACCUCCAAAACCAUGUGUUGAUUGACUCUUAUCAUAUUGUUGGAUUGGUAACCUUUACAUGACUAACCUGCUCAGAGACCCGAUCAAAUAUGUUUGGCAUGAGCGUGGAAAUUCUGUCUGUGUGCAUUGCCCCUGUGUGGUUGUGUGUCCAUGCCCUGCAGUGGACUGGAGUCCCAUCCAGAGAGUAGCCCUGCUUUGUGCUUGAUUCUCCAGGUUUCCUUACUAGGAGUAAACAGCUUUCUGAUGAUGGGUGGACAGUUCUAUGUGAUGUCCCUUUUGGAUGGAAAAAAAGUUUGAGUUAUGCUGAGUCAGGGCAAAUGCUGAUUAAAACUUGGCCAUGUAAUACUUUUUUCAUACAAUUUGUGAGAUUUGUUGCUAUGAUGUUGAGACCAAAGUCAUUAUUUCAGGAAAAGAGACUCUGCUUGUUAAAUGGGGACAGACAUUAAAUUGCAAAAACUC